CAUGUCCCAGAAUGCAUUGCGUCACAAACUGCACGCGCGAACUAUGUACACUGUAAGUUAGGUAUUAUUGUUGGAGUCUUUGUCACGGUGACAUAAAGUGAAGCUAAAGAGACCAGUAAUGACCACAAGCAACAACGGUUCAGUUCUUAAAGAUGUCGUUGUCUAUGUUGAUGUGUGGUCAUCAGACAAAACAGCAAACUAUUCUCAACCAUUUGUUCAGCAGCUGCAAGAAAUGGGAGCUCAGGUAUCAAAAACAUUCAAUAAACAAGUCACACAUGUCGUCUUCAACAACGGUCACCUGGCUACAUGGAGGAAAGCCAAGAAAGGGGAUAUGAGGCUUGUCUCUGUUCUCUGGGUAGGCAGAUGUUACGAUGACGGUGUUCGUGUGGAUGAAGAGUUGUAUCCAGCCUAUAAUGAUGAAAGCAAUCUUAUGUUGAAGAACAAAAGACAUCGUUGCAUGCAGCCAAAAGAUUCUCCAGAGAGGACACCUGAAAACGACAGACGCAUGAGGAAAAAAUUAGAUAAAAUGAUGAAAGACAUAGCUCCAAAACAACCUCUUGUUACAGACGUGUCACCCAUCAUUAUUGAUGAGGAGAAUGGAAUAGUCUAUAGCCCUGCAUUGAAAAGAUCAGAUUAUAUGGCACAGCGUUUGAAAGACAUGAAAGAGAAACGGGAAAACCUCUCACCCACAGCUUCACAAAUGGUUGAAUCCUGCUCAACCACUGGGUCGAAGCCUUCUCUUGGGUGCACACCAACCAUCCUCAAAUUCAUGUAUGACCAGUCGGAUGAUGAUUCCAGUGCUUCUGUUGCUGAACCUGCUUACUCACCUGAUAAGGAAGAAGGGAGAAGGCAAAUUGAUGUAAUUGACCAUGACACUCCUGAACAACGCCACAGGAAAGACUCCAAAAAGCCGUGGCUCUCACCCUGCCAGGAUGCGCCAAAACAGACUUCAAGUCAUGUCAAAUGUCAAGACUUUCAGGACGAAGAAGCGACUAGACCAAAAAAGUCUCGAAUGACCUCAGUCAGAAAACAUCUAAACUCCGGAAGUUUAUCAGAAAGUCCCUCUAACGAUAGGAGAUCUCGCAACAGCAAGAACUUUCAUAAAGAAAAAAGUAAAUCGGAGAUAAAACCCUCUAGUCCAUCACCAAACAAAACUGACAAGGGAAAGGCAAAAAUGAAAACUGCUAAAUCCUUCACAGAGACUAAGACACAUUUUUGUUCUGAACCUGCAAACUCUUCUAGCUGCUUCUCAUCACCAGCCAAAUUAGGUGAUGGUGCAGUUAAACUAUCAAAAGAAACUGCUUCCCCGUUACAGAAUAAACCUAAACAAGUCAGGCGAUCUUUCACUAUAUCCAGUGACUCUAAAAGUAUUGCCUCAGGUUCCACUGACGGAGCUGAUGAUGUGUUUGAGGACUAUUUUUCCCCUGCCAACCACCACCCUAGAUUAAAAAGACCUCCUUUGCCUAAUCUGCCUGCGGAGAGAGACAUUCAGAUUCCUUUUGAGUUGAACCCUGUCCCAAAGAAGAGACAAAUAAGAAGAAGUAUUGGAUCUGAAACUAAGAGUAAAAAAAUGAGGAUACUAGAAACAAGUCAGCAGUCUUAUGCAAGCAGUAAGCCCCAAAAUCAUCCACAAAAGGAUGCUAAAGAAUCUCUGCCUGCGUUGGAGACUCCAGGUGCCGAUCUUACACUCGUGGUCAAAAGGCGGAGACAAAGCACCUUGCCCUUCACCAGCACAACUACAAGUGAUGCCAAGAAACAGAGAACAACAUCAGUACCACCAACAAUGUCAACAGAGGCUGACACAAUGUCGGAGCUGCAGAAAAACUCUGUCAAUGUCAUUUCUCAUACCUUUGAAUGUGGAGGAAAUGUGCGUACAGUUGCAGCUGGUUUAACAGAAGGCAAAGAAGAAUAUCACAAUAAAAAAGCCAGCUUUAGUUUUCAGAAUAUGGUUAACCAAACAAAGGCUAUGAAAACAUUGGUCAUGACAAGCAUGCCCACUGAGAAGCAGAACACGUUGGUUCAGGUGGUGACGGCACUGGGUGGUUUUUCAAUCGUUGACCGAGUUUGUGAGAGCACAACUCAUGUUGUGUCUGGGGGUCACCGGCGGACCCUCAAUAUUCUGUUGGGCAUAGCUCGUGGCUGCUGGAUCCUGUCAUUUGAAUGGAUCCUGUGGUGCUUGGAGCAAAGGCAGUGGAUUCCAGAGGAACCAUAUGAACUUUCAGACCAAUUUCCUGCAGCACAGAUCUGUCGUCUACAGAGGCACCUGUCUGCCGGGGAACACCAGCAAGACCUGUUCCAAGGCCAGCCAGCCAUGUUUGUGUCCCGGCACUCCCAGCCACCCGCUGAGAGUCUGGUGGAGCUGAUCCAGCUCUGUGGAGGAGCAGUCUGCAAAUCUGUUCGACAGGCAGGUAUCUGCAUCGGAAAGUACAGCGGCAGGAGACCAGAGGGAAGCAGGAUCCUGUCGGAGCAGUGGGUGCUGGAUAGUAUCACACAUUUGAAGCGGCUGUCAUAUGACAACUACAACUUGGAGUAAAAGCUGUGAAGUUUAGUUUUAGUAAUUUUAUGUUGAAAAGUGCCCGGUCACUUAUCCUCAAUUUCUAACUUAGUGUUCCUCUUGUGCUGGUUUGUCAUCUUGUUUGUGUUCAGGGUCUUUAAAUAAAUCCUCUCAAAUAUUCAGUUUUCAAAGAACUUUAGUCCACGGUUACCAUGGUAACCUCUCACUUCUGAGGACUAUCAACCAUUAAACAACGACCUCAGUUACUAUAAACUCGAAAAACUGCUUUGACAGUGCAUUAGUAGUAACCACUACUGUAUAAUGGUGUGAACAACAAGACAUUAGAGUGAGCGUUGAGAUUGUUUUAAUUUAUAACUGUGAUUUUAAAAAUACUUGCUGAGCCAGUUUAACACUUAAAUGGAGAUAACAUACUGUAUCCGUAUAGAAAUGUUCUGUGAUGCCAUUGUUAAUAAAUACUUUUAAUUUUGA